CUCGUCUGAAACAAAAAAGGGGUGGUGUCUCAAUCUGCGAGAUGGAAAAGUGAAAAUUACAGGAACUUUUUAAUAACAUUUGUAACAAAGUUGCUGUGUUUUUAAAUUUGAGUCAUUAUGUGUUUUUGCAGCUAACUACUAGUAUUUACUGGUGAUGUUUUCCUUUUUUCUAAAAUACUUUUGUUGGACCAUUGGACUCUGAGACAGUUUAAAGAAUACCAUGAUACUUUUGGCACUGUAUCUUCUUCGAUAUCUUUCACUGGAACACUACUUUAAUGGCGGCGAAUAAGAGUAAAAAUCAGAGUUCCCUGGUGCUACACAAGGUCAUUAUGGUGGGCAGCGGUGGCGUGGGAAAAUCAGCCCUCACACUGCAGUUCAUGUAUGAUGAGUUUGUGGAGGACUAUGAACCCACCAAGGCUGAUAGUUACAGAAAGAAGGUGGUCCUAGAUGGAGAGGAGGUGCAGAUUGAUAUUCUGGAUACGGCGGGACAGGAGGAUUACGCUGCUAUCAGAGAUAACUACUUCCGCAGUGGAGAAGGUUUUCUUCUGGUUUUCUCCAUCACAGAGUCGGAGUCCUUCAGCGCCGCUUCAGAGUUCAGAGAGCAGAUCCUGAGAGUAAAAGCAGAGGAGGAUACAAUUCCUCUCUUAUUGGUCGGAAAUAAGUCUGAUUUGGAGGACAGGCGGCAGGUGUCUGCGGACGAGGCUCGGGCCAAAGCGGAUGAGUGGUCGGUUCAGUAUGUGGAAACGUCGGCCAAAACUCGAGCAAACGUCGAUAAGGUGUUCUUUGAUUUGAUGAGGGAGGUGCGGACGAAAAAGAUGUCUGAGAACAAGGAGAAAAAUGCAAAGAAAAGUGGCAAAAAGAAGAAGAGUCUGAAAGAGAGAUGUACGCUGCUUUGAGCUUCACAAAUGCUCGAUUCCCAUCGAGCUUUCCUGCCCUGGACUGAGCCGUUCUUAUGGACGAUGAGGGGACCAAUUCUCUGUCAUCCAUGUCGUAUGUGUUGCCAAAUACAGUCAAACUGUGAGCCAUUGUGUGUUCUUCAGUGAAGCGUCCUCAACUCACAUCUACACCACUACUCUUCAACACCUUCUAAAGGAUGUGCUUUCUUUAGAGUUUACUAGGUGCCACAACAACAUAUGAAUAGCAUAACUCUAAACAACAUGAAAAAUUGAGCUUUUUAUGUUUUUUGAGGCUCCAUUUUCAUGGCAAGCUGAAUUUACCUUUAUUAAUGUGCAGGAUAUGAAUUAAAAUGAUAGUUUUCUGUCAGUUAUCAAAUUUGCACUAAUAAAAGUUUUCAUUCUUGAUAUCAAAAAUGUAGUUUUAACUGGUAAAAGUGCAUUUUUGAAAUCUUCACAAUGAUGUGUCAUUCAAUCGAGUUCAAAAUGCAAUUAUGGAUACCUGUAAUUAAGAUCUUACUAGUUAAAAAUGAAAUAAACCUCAGUCUGUGUAACAUUCCUAAUGUGAGCUUUUCAUGCCUAUCAGUUGAUACAUGGUUGCAUUCUGGGACCUGCACAGAAACACAAUUAAAGCCAUUUUGACUUUAUCACUAGUACAAUUAAUCCUCCGCAUAGUUACUUUGUUUUAAAUACUCUAUUUUAUCAAAAGAUAUCAUAUGCAAUAUAUUCUUCUUUUCUGUAUUAAACAGUUAACAGCUAUGAGUUUAAUGAAAGAUGCAAACUUCCAUAAUGUGACACUUUUUCUACAAAACUAAGACAGCUAAAAUAAUUGUAUUUUUCUAAUCAAUCCACUUUUUGUGUGUGUGUGUGUUCCUUUUCACUGAUUUUCUGUCUGGCUGAUUGUAGACCAAAUAAACCUCUG